GCCAACGGUGCAAACUGCAACAGCAAUAGGGACAUGGCGGUCCCGCCCUCCGCCGAGCCCGAGACAUGUCAACCCCGCUUACUCGAUGUCCUUAGAUGCCUUAGCGUCAGCGGUGUGGACGCACUGGCGGGGGCACUUGACAACAUGGCCAUUUCGUCGGCACGGUUGGCAUGUAAAGCUCUGCGCGAGCUGCUAGAUGGAUCAAUUGAGGGCGUGCGGCUUCGCAUGCGUAAAGAUGAGCUCAUAGAAGUAACACAUGGGUCUCCUGGCGCCUCCUUUGCGGACCUCGCGCGCUGGCCGCGCGCCAGCUCGGUAACGCUUGCGCUAGAGGAUGGCACGGACCAGGGCACCGACGAGCUGUGUGAGCCGGGCUGCUGCGCGGCCGACGUUGCGAUGCUGUGGCUCUCACGCCAGAGCUCGGCUGCGCGACACACCAUCCUGGACGUGGAGCUGGAGUAUGCGCCCAUGCUGGAGCACCCCUGGCAGGUGGCAGCGCUGAGCACGCUGCCGCUGUGGCUGCCCAACCUCAAGAGUCUGGACCUGCGGGGCCUCCAGGGCUGGUGGGUGCCGCCCGAGUCCGCUGCCGGCCUGGUGACGCUGUUCCGCGGCCUGGCGGGACUGCCCCACCUGCAGCACCUGUCGCUGCCGCACGCCGAGCUGCUGCAGUAUGCGCACCACCUGCUCCCAGCACCGGCACCAGCAAGGGCAGCCUCGUCAGGGCCGGGGCACGGGGCAGGCACCGGUCAUGGCAUCGGCGGAGCCACCGGCGGCACAGCCGCUUCCGGCAGCAGCCUCAACACCGCCACCGCCACCAGCACCAGUCCUCAGACACCGCCGCUGCGGGAUCUCUACGUGGAGACGCUGUUUCCGAUUGAAGGCGACCUGCCACCGCAGGUGCUCCCAGGCGUGGCCGCGCUCACCUGCCUCAACCGCCUGACCCUGGCACACCUGACGCCGCCGUCGUGGAGCCUGCACUGUGUGGGGGCCCUGCUGGCCGCCGCGCCACCGCAGCUGCAGGAGUUUUGCAUCUCCGGGCUGUGGGACCUGCACCGCGGCGACUGGGGAACCAUCCUCAGCCUCCAGCAGCAGCAGCAGCAGCCCGCGGCGGCGCCGCCGGGCGGCGGGGUUCUGGGCGGAGCUGGCGGGUACGUGCUGUACGUGUGUCCGAGUGCAGGCGUCGCCCGAGAUCCCGGCAUUCCCCUGGGCACGCUGGGCCGCCUAGCGCGCGACGUGCUGCUGCCGUGUCGGCGGCUGUGGGAGCCCAGCCGCCUGGGCGCCACCACCCACAGCAGCAGCAACAACAAUAACAGGAAUGGUGGCGGCGGCGAAGGCGGCGGUUGGGGCUUGCGGGCGCUAGAACUGCCGCUGGUCACUGACGCUGAGGCCUUGGUGGCUGCGGGUUCGGAUGCGGAAUCCCGACUGCCGGAGGAGGCGGCGCAGGAGCUGGCGGCGGUGCGGGAGCUGGUGAGGCGGCCGCAGCUGCGUGUGGCGCUGGGUACGCUGGUGCUGGGGCCCACCAGCACGACACCGUCGGCCCGCGCCGUGCUGGAUGCGCUGGGCGGCCGCCCCCGGGAGCUGCGCCUGCUGCUGGACAGGCGGCGCUGCUUCCCCAGGCUGUCGCCCGAGGCGGACGGCUACGUGACGGUGCAGGUGCCAAGCCGCAGCGGCAGCAGGGCGCUGAAGGGAGCGGGUGACGUCGCCGCGGCGGGCAACAGCUUUGCGGAGCACGCCGCGGCGGCUGCAGCGGAGGCGGUGGUGGCUAUGGUGGAGGGGGUUGGGCCAUGUGUUUCUGGCAGCCCGCCGCUGCACCCCACGGCGGUGGUCAGUGCGGCCCUGGACUUCCUGACUCGCGCCGCACAGCCCCUGCCAUUCUGGGAGGCAGCGGCGGCGGAGGAGCCAGACGAGGCGCCCGCUGCAGAUGCGGCGUGCAUCGGUCCUGACACGCUGGCGCCGGUGCAGCCCUCGGCGGCAGUAGCAGAAGCAGCUGACGCGGAAGGACCUGAAACGGAACUGGCAUGCGUGCUUACGGUCACGGAAACCGAGCCCACGAGCGUGGCCUGCACGGGCGCAUCCACCGCCUGCGGAGACGCUGCUGCCGACGGCCUCAGAGGGGCAGAGCCGGAGCCGGAGCCCGCGGCCCCGGACCUACUACUCGUUCGUGGGCCGCUCGUGUCCACUAUGAUCCGGGCUCCGGUUAUGUUUCAGAACUGGUUGGAUUGGUUGGCGCCCGCCGCGGACGCCGCUGCCACCGCGGCCUCGCGUUGGAACGGCCUGCACCGCAUCCCCGGCAGCCCCGUCGGUGUGUUCAAGCUGCUUCCCGGCAGUCAUCCCCUGCUCGGCGCGGUCUUGGUGCGGGUGGGCUCGGCGGCGUUCUCUUGGGCGGGGCUGCAGGCGGCCCUGGCGCCCGCGGUGGAGGACGGAGCGGUGGAGGUGGCGUGCCUGAGAUUGCCGCAAGGGGCGGCUACGGCCGCGGCGCCUGCGGCGUCGGCUGCGGUGGCGGCGCCCAACAGACACGUCAGCAGCCGGGUGCCAUUCGCGGAUGACGAUGUGGAUGCGGUGCUGCUGUGGGCCGUGCAGCAGGUGGCUUCGGCGGUCUGGCCUCGGACUGGCACCCGCCCGCGCACUGGUGACACGGCAGGUGGCGACGCAAGGGGCGCGGGUACGGCUGCCAGCAGUGCGGCGACCACUGCCACGGACAGUGCCGCAGUGGCGGGCACGGCAGCUGUCAGGGGCGGCUCUGCAGCGGAGGCCGCUGUGGUGGAUUCCGCCGGCGAGGCGGGAUUGCGGGGCGAUAGCGAGAGGGUGACAGAGGAGGACGGGGAGUGUGAGGGCGGGGAGUGUGCGGGACCUGCUGCUGGCGGCAGCGGGUCGGAGUGGCUGGCGCCGCAGCUGGAGUGGUGUGUGGCGCUGCAGGCGGAGUUGCAGCGGCUGCCGCUGGCGGUGGAGCUGGCGGUCACGUAGGCACGUGCGGAACUCGUGCGAGUUUUGAGGCAUAUACGGACUGAUGAGGGGCACAUGAGGCAGGGGUGCGUGCCGGGAUAGGCCACGCAUGCUGCCACAGUUGAUGUGUACAAGGGAGUUAGCAGUGAACCAACCACCGGUGCCUUGUUUGCACCAUGCAUGCCAACAUGCAUUUGUAUGCGGCCAAACUCGUUGGACAUGGAAGCAAUAACUCUUGCAAGAGGUGAGGUACAGGUGGAUGAGGCAGAGCUCGGUUGCCACUGUGAGAACUUGGGACGAAUGGAAAACCGCACGGGAGCUGGCACAUUGCUGGCGAGUCUUGUGAACUGCGGCCCGUGUGUGUGUCUAGUGGUUCGACGUCGGUGGGUAAGAAAUUGUAGCGGUGGUAUUUCACUGGCUCUGGCGUCACCUUCACCUGGACUGCGCAGGGCGUAGGUCAGUUGGCUCUUGCGCCAGGCGCUGAGUAGCUGGUAGGGCGGGUGUCAAGCUGAGGAGGCCUUGAAUUGGGGGUUAGUUUGCCGUUGUGCUUUGCACGCAUGCGUCCAGAGGAGCUUGGGGUCAAGGUUUCGCAGGCGGGUGAGGUGCGCUUAUUGGCGGGCGAUUGUGUGGUGUCGCCGUGUCGGGUGGAGGACCGCCCAUGCAGCAGGCAGUGGCAGGUGACUUCCUCACGGCUUCAAAGUCCCGCACACCGGCCAUGGUUCGGUGUUGCGUUGUUGCUCCCACACCAACUAUCGUGCCUAGCUUUGUGAUAGCAUCGGAGUGAUCAAGCAAGCGCUGCGGGCUCAGACCAAUAACUGAAG